AUCUCUUUUAACCGCAUAGUUCGAAUUAUUGUGCCAUUUGGGAUAUUUGUUAGGCUCUAUUAUGGAUGAUAAUGAACACUUGAGUUCUUCCAACGAGCAAAUACAUUGCUCAAACAAUGCUGCCGUAUGUGAAAAUUCGGAUGAAAAUGAAAUGAAUUUCUCGGGUAUCAAUCUGCUCAGGAAUAAUACGAGAAAUGAAGAUGAUCACAAUGAUUUGAUUGUUUUAGAUCCUGAUCACGUACAGUGACCUAUUUUCUCUUUCGAUUUAUAAUUUUCAGCCUUUAAUGGUCCGUUUCCAAGGAUGCCUGAAGACUAUGCUCUUGAAGCACACUGACAAGAUUGAGAUAUAUUUAAGAGAAAGAGUAAGCUUGAAUAGGUAUUUUAGUAAUAUACUAGGAUGAAGAGUUGAAGAGAGAAAAGUCUCUUCACAUGGAAACUGGAUGUGAGUUGUACAAUCUACAGCAAGAACUCGCAAAGUAACUAUUGCAUUCUUAAUAUUAUGAUCAUUUCUUCAGAUUUCAACUACAAUUAGACAAGAAGCAUAAUGAAUAUACAGAACAUCAUAGGAAUUGCGAAAAUGUGCAAAAUAAAUUAACAACUCUUCGUGAAAGUUAUCAGAAAUCGGUGAAAACAAUGUUUGAAGAAACCAAGAAAAUGCAUUCUAUGCGAGAUGAAGUAGAUGCAUUGUGUUUAAGAUUGUACUACCUCAAUAAAGCUAAACAGGAUGUUAGCGGAGACUUAAAAGUGUUGAAAAGAGCAGCUGAAAAGGUGAACUCAGAUUUAACCAAGUUUGAAGAAGAAAAGCUGCAACAGGAUCUUUUGGUUGAUCGUAUACAAACUAAGGUGGACCAGUUGAAAGAAGAUAUCGAAUUAUAUGAAGCCCAAAUUUCAGCUCAAGAAAUCGAAAUGAAUACUAGUCAGAAUCUAUUAUAUGAAGCGGAAGCCCAAAUCGUUUCUAUCAAUGUGGACAAAUCUCACUUGUUAGCUCAAUGGAAAACUAGUUUACUUGGUUUACAGCGUAGAAAUGAAGCAUACACUUCAUUGUUGAAAGCCUAUAAUCAAUUAAAAGAAGAAUCGCUUGUUCUCGAAAAUGAACAAUGUGCCUAUAGGCGUUCAAUCGGCAAGGAACAAGAAACUCACGAACGUCUAACAUCAUUACAAAAUAAAAAUGAAUCAGACUUAAACACAUUGCGUAAACAGUUAUUGCAGGCAGAAACUAAACUUGAAGCUGAUAAACAAGCUUAUACAGCGUAUUCAAGAAUGCUUCAGGAAACUGAACGUUGUCUGAACAAUGCUAAAACGGAGAAUAAUGCUGCUCAAAUGAAUGUCAAGAACAUACGUAAACAGAUUGAGAGAAAAGUGUUAGAGAAACAAGAGUUAGAUAAAAAGAUUACUGAAGAACUGAGGUCUCGAUUAACUGCACAAAAAGCUGCUAGUUAUGUUAACAAAAUUAACAUGAAUGUACAAGAUCAAAGCAGAGAGCUGCUGACUCAAAUUGUACAAAUGGAGAAUCAAAUUGCUAAAGAUGAGUUAUGCAUAGCACACAAAAAAGCUAGUAAUAUUCAACUGCAAGAAAGAGUUAAUGAUUUAGAAAAGGAAAUUGACAACAGUAAUUUAUUAAUUACCAAGUUAGAGACUGAAAUACAUCAUGCAAAUGUAGCUGUAGAACGUAAACAAGAAGUUGGACCAUUAGAUGCGCAAAUAAAUAACUUAAAUAAAGCAAUAACCAGCAAGCAAGAUGAAAUUGGUGAACUUGAACAACAGUGGCUAAAAGAGCAAAAUGAAUUAGUAAUAAAUAUUAAUGAACGAGAUAAGCUCUCCGAAUCUGCAACACGAAUAAGCAAGCAGCUGUCAAUCUUAACACAAAAGAAAAUGCGGGUUGAUAAUGAAAUUGCGAUUCAAGUACGUGAAAAAAAUGAUCUCGAGAAGGAAUUAAGACACUUACAAAACGACAUAACAAGGAUGAAUACAAUGAUAGCUAAGGAGAAGACCAAUGAAGAAAAUUUAAACAAUGAAAAUAAGUUGGCUGAAAUUGACUUUGUGCGCUCUUUGAAAGAGAAAGAAACUGAAGCGGCCAAUUUGCAAGAAAAAGUUGAUCAAACUCAGAAGGAUAAAGAAAAUUUACUCAAUGAAUUAGUUGAGGUAGAGAGAGCAAUAAUGUUGUGGGAAAAGAAAGUGCAAUUAUGCGAAGAGACAAAAAAAUCAGUUGACUGUGAAAUGGGUCAAGGCGAGAUUAGUGUUAUGCGUCAUGAAAUUCAUCGUAUGGAGAUACGGAAAUCUUCAUUACUUCAGCAACAAGAAAGGCUGAUACAAGCACUAGAGCGUUCUGUGUCAAAGCGUGAUAUUAUCGUGAAUCAGUCUGAACUUGUGCAGUUGAAAAAAGAUAAAACACAAGUCCGCAUUACAGCUCAGCGUCAUAUUGAUGAUCUGAAACAAAAAUUGAAAGCUAUUAAACAGAAUUCUUCCAUUUGUACACAAGAACUUGGAGAAAUAGAGGAAAAAACCAAUAUUUUGGAAAGCGAAUUGUCAAUGAAAAAAGCUGACGCUGAAAGUGAGAAGACGAGAGCUGAUGAGUUGAUGAAGAAACUACAAUCAUUAAUUGAUCAGAAACAAAUUGAUCUUUUUGAACUCCAAAUGCGUCAGCAUGCCACAGUGUACUGGGAGCAAGUUAAAGAAGGCAAGUAUCGGCGUCUUUGUCCUUCUGUCACUUCAGCCGAAAAUGAGAGAAAAAGACAGAUUAAUCGCGCUCGAAGUUUAAUGGCAGUUAUUGACCACUUAGUAACAGAAUUUCCACAGAUCCGAAAAGAUUUGGAACCUGUAGGUCAUUUGUUAGAAAGCAAGUUAAAUUCUGAAAGCAGUGAACUUAAACUUGAUGGUGUCAGUGCUGGUACUGAAGAUUCAUUAUUGAUUUAA